UGCCUGAUUUCUUCAUGUUGCAUCUUCUUAGUUAUACUGUGGCAGUGCAGCAUUUGGCCAGCUGGUGAUUUGAGAAAGGACAGCAAAUUCCCUUGAAGAGAAAUGCGGCCAUUUGGUUUACUUUUGUUCAUAGCUCUGACCGUCGUCUUGGUGCCUGGAGCUGUGAGUUGGAGCAAGGAAGGUCACAUGAUAACAUGUCGAAUUGCACAGAAUCUGUUGAAGCCGGAGGCAGCACACGCCGUGAAACAACUGUUGCCGGAGAAUGUGAACGGCGACUUGUCAGCGCUAUGCGUCUGGCCGGACCAAAUCCGGCAUUGGUAUAAAUACAGGUGGACCAGCCCACUUCACUUCAUCGACACCCCUGACGAUGCCUGCACCUUCGAACACUCAAGGGACUGCGUUAAGGAUCGUUGUGUGGCCGGUGCCAUUCAGAACUUCACAUCUCAGCUCUCACACUACAAAGAAGGCAGCACGGACCGACGAUACAACUUGACCGAAGCGUUGCUCUUCUUGUCGCACUUCAUGGGCGACAUCCACCAGCCGCUGCACGUUGGCUUCACUUCUGAUGAAGGCGGCAACACCAUCGACCUGCGCUGGUUCCGCCAUAAAUCCAAUCUUCACCAUGUAUGGGAUAGGGAGAUCAUCCUUCAAGCUCUCAAGGAUUACUACGACAAAGACGUCGACCUCCUCCAGCAAGCAAUCGAAGGAAACUUCACUGACGGUUUAUGGCAUGAUGAUCUGCUGUCGUGGAGAGAUUGCGACGAUCUUUUGGAAUGUCCCAACAAAUAUGCAGUGGAGAGCAUAACCAUAGCUUGCAAAUGGGGAUACAAAGGCGUCAAGGAAGGUCAAACUCUAUCAGAUGAGUACUUCGAGUCCAGAAUGCCGAUCGUGAUGAGACGCAUCGCUCAAGGCGGAGUUCGGUUGGCUAUGUAUCUGAAUGCCCUUUUUGCGGACCCUGACAACGAGCAAGCAGCUGCUAUCUUCGCUUCCCCGACAUAAAGAAGAAGAAUAGUAUUCGCAUGAAAAAAUGACUUAAUCUAACAACCUUUAAGAAGUGAAAGAAGUGACAGUUGCCUUAGGGGAACAAAAGUGCACUGUAGACUGUAGUGAUGAAAUAAUACUGUAUGUAUAUAAGCGGGAAAACAGAAAACGCCUACCCGCCCAUUAAAAAAAACACCUACUCUACCCAUGUAAAUUUGCGUACAUCUGGACCAUUAAAUUAGAUUAAGAUAAUUUUAAACCAAGGAAAUAAAAAAAUAUUAAAAAGUAAAUAAUGGGCACCGGCAACGCCAGUUAUUAGUUUACCCGUUAGCUUCCGUUGAUUUCUUUUCUUUCCACGUCUGGGUUCCUGCUUCGAUUCUAACCUUUGCAAGUUUGCAUGGUUUUUCUUUUUUCCAUUUUUAUCCUUAAUGGUUUUGAGUGUUUGAUUUUAUUAUAAGUAUUACUUAAUACUUCUGUAAUAAUUUAAUAAAUAAUAUAGUGUUGAUUUUCAUUACAUAAUACUUCCAUUAUAAUAUGUUAUUUAUUGAAUUGUUAAUGUUUUGGGUGUUUUUCAAAGUUCUAGGUACUAAAAGGUAAUUAAAAGUACUAAGAAAAAAAAACUAGAUUGGAAGGAAAACCGUACCGAGACACUAUUCAUAGCCUUAAGUGAAUUUCUUCCGGGCCAAUUUUUGGCAGACUCCAAAGGGGUACCAUCACAGAUUUCGGGUGAUUUUUCCGAAAUGCCAUUUUCUUGCGAUUUUGAAGGCUAGAGACCGCGGAUUCGACCCGAGGAUGUUCUCCACCGAUGAUGAAGUCUAUUGAUCCUAUUCUCCACCUAUGCUAAAGCUCGUUAGGCACCGGUUUGGGCGGAUUAAUUUUCGGAUGGCAUUUUCGUAAUUUUUUGGGCGAUUUUUUUCGAAAGGCCAUUUUCCUAUGAUUUUGAAGGCUACAGAUCACGGAUUCGGCCUGAGGCUAUUCUUCACCGAUGAUUAAGUCCAUCAAGCACCGAUUUGGGCGAAUUUCUUCCGGGCCAAUUUUUGGCAGACUCCAAAGGGGUACCAUCACAGAUUUCGGGUGAUUUUUCCGAAAUGCCAUUUUCUUGCGAUUUUGAAGGCUAGAGACCGCGGAUUUGACCCGAGGCUGUUCUCCACCGAUGAUGAAGUCUAUUGAUCCUAUUCUCCACCUAUGCUAAAGCUCGUUAGGCACCGGUUUGGGCGGAUUAAUUUUCGGAUGGCAUUUUCGUAAUUUUUUGGGCGAUUUUUUUCGAAAGGCCAUUUUCCUAGGAUUUUGAAGGCUACAUAUCACGGAUUCGGCCUGAGGCUAUUCUUCACCGAUGAUUAAGUCCAUCAAGCACCGAUUUGGGCGAAUUUCUUCCGGGCCAAUUUUUGGCAGACUCCAAAGGGGUACCAUCACAGAUUUCGGGUGAUUUUUCCGAAAUGCCAUUUUCUUGCGAUUUUGAAGGCUAGAGACCGCGGAUUCGACCCGAGGCUGUUCUCCACCGAUGAUGAAGUCUAUUGAUCUUAUUCUCCACCUAUGCUAAAGCUCGUUAGGCACCGGUUUGGGCGGAUUAAUUUUCGGAUGGCAUUUUCGUAAUUUUUUGGGCGAUUUUUUUCGAAAGGCCAUUUUCCUAGGAUUUUGAAGGCUACAUAUCACGGAUUCGGCCUGAGGCUAUUCUUCACCGAUGAUUAAGUCCAUCAAGCACCGAUUUGGGCGAAUUUCUUCCGGGCCAAUUUUUGGCAGACUCCAAAGGGGUACCAUCACAGAUUUCGGGUGAUUUUUCCGAAAUGCCAUUUUCUUGCGAUUUUGAAGGCUAGAGACCGCGGAUUCGACCCGAGGCUGUUCUCCACCGAUGAUGAAGUCUAUUGAUCUUAUUCUCCACCUAUGCUAAAGCUCGUUAGGCACCGGUUUGGGCGGAUUAAUUUUCGGAUGGCAUUUUCGUAAUUUUUUGGGCGAUUUUUUUCGAAAGGCCAUUUUCCUAGGAUUUUGAAGGCUACAGAUCACGGAUUCGGCCUGAGGCUAUUCUUCACCGAUGAUUAAGUCCAUCAAGCACCGAUUUGGGCGAAUUUCUUCCGGGCCAAUUUUUGGCAGACUCCAAAGGGGUACCAUCACAGAUUUCGGGUGAUUUUUCCGAAAUGCCAUUUUCUUGCGAUUUUGUAGACUAGAGACUGCGGAUUCGACCCGAGGUUGUUCUCCACCGAUGAUGAAGUCUAUUGAUCCUAUUCUCCACCUAUGCUAAAGAUCGUUAGGCACCGGUUUGGGCGGAUUAAUUUUCGGAUGGCAUUUUCGUAAUUUUUUGGGCGAUUUUUUUCGAAAGGCCAUUUUCCUAGGAUUUUGAAGGCUACAGAUCACGUAUUCAGCCUGAGGCUAUUCUUCACCGAUGAUUAAGUCCAUCAAGCACAGAUUUGGGCGAAUUUCUUCCGGGCCAAUUUUUGGCAGACUCCAAAGGGGUACCAUCACAGAUUUCGGGUGAUUUUUCCGAAAUGUUAUUUUCUUGCGAUUUUGAAGGCUAGAGACCGCGGAUUCGGCCCAAGGCUGUUCUCCACCGAUGAUUAAGUCCAUCAAGCACCGAUUUGGGUAAUUUCUUCCGGGCCAAUUUUUGGCAGACUCCAAAGGGGUACCAUCACAGAUUUCGGGUGAUUUUGCCGAAAUGCCAUUUUCUUUUGAUUUUGAAGGCUAGAGACCGCGGAUUCGGCCCGAGGCUGUUCUCCACUGAUGAUGAAGUCUAUUGAUUUUAUUCUCCACCUAUGCUUAAGCUCGUUAGGCACCGGUUUGGGCGGAUUAAUUUUCGGAUGGCAUUUUCGUAAUUUUUUGGGCGAUUUUUUUUGAAAGGCCAUUUUCCUUGGAUUUUGAAGGCUACAGAUCACGGAUUCGGCCCGAGGCUAUUCUUCACCGAUGAUUAAGUCCAUCAAGCACCGAUUUGGGCGAAUUUCUGCCGGGCCAAUUUUUGGCAGACUCCAAAGGGGUACCAUCACAGAUUUCGGGUGAUUUUUCCGAAAUGCCAUUUUCUUGCGAUUUUGAAUGCUAGAGACCGCGGAUUCGAACCGAGGCUGUUCUCCACCGAUGAUGAAGUCUAUUGAUCCUAUUCUCCACCUAUGCUAUAGCUCGUUAGGCACUGGUUUGGGCGGAUUAAUUUUCUGAUGGCAUUUUCGUAAUUUUUUGGGCGAUUUUUUUCGAAAGGCCAUUUUCCUAGGAUUUUGAAGGCUCAGGAUCACGGAUUCGGCCUGAGGCUAUUCUUCACCGAUGAUUAAGUCUAUCAAGCACCGAUUUGGGCGAAUUUCUUCCGGGCCAAUUUUUGGCAGACUCCAAAGGGGUACCAUCACAGAUUUCGGGUGAUUUUUCCGAAAUGCCAUUUUCUUGCGAUUUUGAAGGCUAGAGACCGCGGAUUCGACCCGAGGUUGUUCUCCACCGAUGAUGAAGUCUAUUGAUCCUAUUCUCCACCUAUGCUAAAGCUCGUUAGGCACCGGUUUGGGCGGAUUAAUUUUCGGAUGGCAUUUUCGUAAUUUUUUUGGCGAUUUUUUUCGAUAGGCCAUUUUCCUAGGAUUUUGAAGGCUACAGAUCACGGAUUCAGCCUGAGGCUAUUCUUCACUGAUGAUUAAGUCCAUCAAGCACAGAUUUGGGCGAAUUUCUUCCGGGCCAAUUUUUGGCAGACUCCAAAGGGGUACCAUCACAGAUUUCGGGUGAUUUUUCCGAAAUGCUAUUUUCUUGCGAUUUUGAAGGCUAGAGACCGCGGAUUCGGCCCGAGGCUGUUCUCCACCGAUGAUUAAGUCCAUCAAGCACCGAUUUGGGUAAUUUCUUCCGGGCCAAUUUUUGGCAGACUCCAAAGGGGUACCAUCACAGAUUUCGGGUGAUUUUGCCGAAAUGCCAUUUUCUUUUGAUUUUGAAGGCUAGAGACCGCUGAUUCGGCCCGAGGCUGUUCUCCACUGAUGAUGAAGUCUAUUGAUUUUAUUCUCCACCUAUGCUUAAGCUCGUUAGGCACCGGUUUGGGCGGAUUAAUUUUCGGAUGGCAUUUUCGUAAUUUUUUGGGCGAUUUUUUUCGAAAGGCCAUUUUCCUUGGAUUUUGAAGGCUACAGAUCACGGAUUCGGUCUGAGGCUAUUCUUCACCGAUGAUUAAGUCCAUCAAGCACCGAUUUGGGCGAAUUUCUUUCGGGCCAAUUUUUGACAGACUCCAAAGGGGUACAAUCACAGAUUUCGGGUGAUUUUUCCGAAAUGCCUUUUUCUUGCGAUUUUGAAGGCUAGUGACCGCGGAUUCGGCCAGAGGCUGUUCUCCACCGAUGAUGAAGUCUAUUGAUCCUAUUCUCCACCGAUGCUUAAGCCUGUUAGGCACCGGUUUGGGCGGAUUAAUUUUCGGAUGGCAUUUUUGUAAUUUUUUUGGCGAUUUUUUUUUCGAAAGGCCAUUUUCCUUGCAUUUUGAAGGCUACAGAUCACGGAUUCGGUCUGAGGCUAUUCUUCACCGAUGAUUAAUUCCAUCAUGCACCGUUUUGGGCGAAUUUCUUCCGGGCCAAUUUUUGGCAGACUCCAAAGGGGUACCAUCACAGAUUUCGGGUGAUUUUUUCGAAAUGCCGUUUUCUUGCGAUUUUGAAGGCUAGAGACCGCGGAUUCGGCCAGAGGCUGUACUCCACUUAUGAUGAAGUCUAUUGAUCGUAUUCUCCACCGAUGCUUAAGCCCGUUAGGCACCGGUUUGAGCGGAUUAAUUUUCGGAUGGCAUUUUUGUAAUUUUUUGGCGAUUUUUUUCGUAAGGCCAUUUUCCUUCGAUUUUGGAGGCUAUAGAUCACGGAUUUGGCCUGAGGCUAUUCUUCACCGAUGAUUAAGUCCAUCAAGCACCGUAUUGGGCGAAUUUCUUCCGGGCCCAUUUUUGGCAGAUUCCAAAGGGUUACCAUAAAAGUUUUCGGGUGAUCUUUCCGAAAUGUCAUUUUCUUCCGAUCUUGAAGGCUACAGACUACGGAUUCGGCCCGAUGUUGUUCUUCACCAUUGAUAAAGUCUAUUGGUCCUA